AUGGCCGAUAAUCCUCAGUCAGAUGAUGUGGUCCAGCGAAAGCUGUCCGCAGAGCCUACGCAAGAUGCAUCUUUCACUGUUCUUCCUUAUCGCAGGGCGUGUGACGCCUGUCGUUCUCGCAAGAAGAUUGACCUCAUAGAUCGCCGCCUCGGAACCAUAACCCAACUACUACAUGACCUCCAGACUCUCUCGCCCUCUCCUGCAGCUUGCUCAAAUACGUCAGUGCCCCCUGCCCCCCUUACGGUUGAUCCUGCAAACCCGGCAACCAUGGCAUCGUCGACAACUCCAAUCGACGGAACAUCCAAACCGACGACUGUAAAGACUCCACUCUUUGAUACAAGGUCGUCUUCUGUCUCCCAUUCUGCUUUUUCCAGCAGCUUUCCUCAACGAGCGGUUCACAACGGGCGUUUGCAGGGUCUGGAUCUCGAUGUAAGCGAGACAGUAGACUCGAUGCACUCCAUUCUUGGCGCGUUCAAGCAGCAGACCUCAAAAACCGAGAUGUCUUAUGCUCUCGCAGAGCCAUCACUGCGUCCUUCUUUUCGUGGAUGCCAAAUGCCACCGAUCGAGAAAGCAGUAGCGCUACUGCAUGGUGCUAAAGCGAACUCGCUCGAAUCAUUGGGAUGGCUUCAUGAACUUUUCCCUGUGGGAAAUCUUUCCAGUAUUUGCCUUCGGGUCUAUUUUUCUGAAGAGAUCUCCGAGGCCGACUUUAUCAUUGCCAACUCCGGCCUUUUACGGCUAUUUGUUGAGCAGUCUGAAGAGAUAUCAGACAAGACUGAAAGCCUCAACUACGCCCAUAUAUGCCGCACUAACCUUGAGACAGCACUGUUUAACUUGCCUCUGCAUCUGCCUGCAACUCCACUCAUGAUUUCAGCCCUCCUACUAGGCGCUUUCUAUACCAUCGAAAUCUCAAAGCCGUCACUUUGCUGGACCUUAUCGUCAAAAGCAUUUGAGUUAUGCCAGACUCUCGGCUACCAUCGGAUUCCUUCUACAAAGGAAGGUGUUGUCGCUGAAGAGAAGAAGCAUGGGCAACUCCUCUUCUGGUUCACGUAUUUCAUCGACAAGAGCCUGUCGCUGCGCUUGGGGCGGGCCUCGACGAUUCAAGACUGGGACAUCACCACCCCGAUGAUUUUAGAACCUGGCACUUGCUCCCUGAUUGAUGUUAGCAUAACUAUGUGGAUCAACACGGCGCGAUGUCAGGGCAAGAUCUACGAGAGUCUGUAUAGCCCAGACUCUAUCACGCAACCCGAUCAUGUACGGAAAUCUCGAGUCCAGGCGAUCUCAAGUGACUUGUACAAACUAGCGCGGGAAGCCUGCGACAUAAAGAAUAACUAUUUCCAGAAAGUUGGAGACAAACUUUCUCAUCGCCUGAUUGAGUACAUGACUCUUUCAGAUGAUGUAUUACGUCUAUCACUUCUCACCCUAGUGUAUCGCGCAACCCCAACCUCUCCAGGAUCCCCGUACGCCUUUAUCCCAGACUGCCUUGAGGCGGCGAGAGCUACGCUCCAACGACACCAGGAUUUCGUAACGACCUUCAAGGAUAUCACCUCCACCUAUUUCACAACAUAUAUUCAUUGGACCCUCUUGUUUGCACCUUUCACUCCCUUCAUCGUGUUGUUUUGCCAUAUUAUAGAAUCGCCCCAAGAUGCAGAAGAAGAUCUGAACCGUCUUGACGGAUUCAUAGCAUCAAUAGAGGCUGUUGCUCCGACAGUCUCAGAUGCCGCGUCCAAGAUGCACAAACUCUUUGGGGUCCUUUCUAAGAUCGCGCAGCGAUACACCGUUUACCAGUCCUCAGCAAUGAGCCGAGAACAGGCCCCAGCAGAUGAACAGGCCAUUUUGAAUACCUAUCUCACUGCAUUGGGGUUCCCCCCGAUGAACCAGAAGAAUUGCCAGCACCAAAACAGCGACUUUGCGUCAGUCAUAAACCAGGACAUCAAUGUCAGACAGGCCCUGGAUGGUGGUUUUAACAACAUGCCAGGAAUAGACGGUGGAGUAGGAAUGCUUCCCACUGCGUGGAUAGGCCAUACGACGGAGCUGGGAGAAUGGUUCGAAGGGAAUCAACAGAUGAUGAAUGUACUUGAGGGCCAGGCUUUAGUAGACUUUCCGUUUUUAGGUUAA